AUGCAAGCGAAGAAAACAUCUAUGACGGACGAAGACUGGAAGAAGUCUCUCGUCCCUCCUAAGCGAGACACACGUAAGAAAACCGAGGAUGUGGAGUCUCGCCGUAACGUCAGUUUUGAGGAGUAUGCCCUGCGCCGUGAGUUGCAGAUGGGUAUCUUUGAGAAGGGUUUUGAGAAACCCAGCCCUGUUCAGGAAGAGGCGAUCCCAGUCGCACUUCAAGGCAAGGAUGUUCUAGCCCGUGCGAAGAACGGCACGGGCAAGACCGCCUCCUUUGUCAUCCCAGUGCUCGAGAAGGUAGACACCCGUGAGCCCUACAUACAGGCCCUCCUCAUGGUCCCCACUCGCGAGCUCGCCCUCCAGACCGCCCAGGUCACCAAGGAGCUUGGCAAGCACAUCCCCCGUCUUGAGGUGAUGGUCACGACCGGCGGUACCACCCUCCGAGAUGACAUCCUACGUCUGACUAACCCCGUGCACAUCCUCGUCGCGACCCCUGGCCGUGUUGUGGAUCUUGCUAGCAAAAACGCAGCCCGUCUCGAUCGCUGCCACAUUUUCGUCCUGGACGAAGCUGACAAGCUCCUCUCGCCGGAGUUUUCUCACCUGAUCGAGGAACUCUACAAUUACCUGCCCAAGAACCACCAAUCGUUGCUUUUCUCGGCCACGUUCCCGGUCACGGUGAAGGACUUCGCCGAGCGCCACCUCAACCAUCCAUAUGAAAUCAACCUGAUGGAGGAGCUCACAUUGAAGGGUGUGACUCAGUACUACGCCUUCUUGCAAGAACGACAGAAAAUUCACUGCCUCAACACACUCUUUAACAAGCUGCAAAUCAAUCAGUCCAUCAUCUUCUGUAAUAGCGUCAACCGGGUCGAGCUGUUGGCGAAGAAGAUUACUCAGCUGGGGUACAGUUGCUUCUACAUUCACGCUCGCAUGCAGCAACAGCAUCGCAACCGUGUUUUCCACGACUUCCGUGCCGGGCAUUGCCGAAAUUUGGUGUGCUCAGAUCUCAUCACGCGUGGUAUCGAUAUCCAAGCCGUAAACGUCGUUAUCAACUUUGACUUUCCUCGCUAUGCGGAAACCUAUCUACAUCGCAUAGGUCGCUCCGGGCGCUUCGGCCACUUGGGCCUCGCGAUUAACUUCGUGACCUACGAGGAUCGGCACAAUGUCUACCGAAUUGAACAAGAACUUGAUACAGAAAUCAAGCCGAUACCAGCGGAGAUCGACAAAGAGUUCUACGUCGCAUAA